CUGCCUGCUCUAGAUACUAUUUGUGCUAAAUUAAUUUAGUAUACUAAUCAGAACUCUAAUGAAGUGUGUGAACUGCUAAUGUUAGAUCAGCGAAUAAAUGGCUGAUUUUAUUUCCCAGAAGAGAAUAUUUGGAGAUGAGGUUGGGGAGAAGUUGAAAAAAAUCAGGAUGUGGUUGUGUAAUCUUUUCCUAGUUCCCUUUCAAGAUGAUCUUUCCCUGGUCAUUACUCUUACUCCUGAAGAUUUCUUUCUUUCCCUCUCCUCAUCUCCCAGCCUUCCUUCUGUUUCUUUCCUCUCCACCAGUCCUCUCUCCCUCCUUUUCUAGUGAAACAUUUUGUGUUGGUGCUUUAUUUUUGCUAUUGGAGGAAUUACUCCUGGGAUGGUGUCUGUGAAUAAGAAUUCUAGAGCAUUAAUUAAUUUCUUGCUAUCUAUGGUUUUGUUUCAUUCAAACAAUCUUAUGGUCCUUCCUUAUAGCCAUUUUAUUAGAUUCUGAAGGGCCGAAUCAAGCUGUUUCUGGGCUCGGGGCCAUAUUUUAUAGCAAGACUUGUUUGAGUUUUCAAUGAAUUGGUGCUUAAGCUAAAGCCAUUAAAGCCUGCUUCCAAGAAAACAAAACUGGCAGCACAGUUUGUUCCAUUUCAUUUUUUUUUCAGCAUGCUUGAUUUUUUAGGGGUUGGAGUUAGCUAGGACCAACUGGGAAAGGAAUCCCGUAAGUGGGAGAAAGGCUGUCGUGUUGUUAGGGAGUGCACUUCAGCCUAAGUGGUGAUUAGCAGCAUUUAGCCUCUAAAAAUAACUGGUGAGCAGAGUUUGUAGUCAGGUCCAAUUUCACUUCUAGAGGCCCUUACAGUGCAGGGGUUGGCCAGUCUCAAGCUCUGGUAGGCAAGUGCAUGCAGUGUGCCUAAAACCUGCCAGUAGUACUUUUGAGUUUUUUUGUUUUCUGUUUUACUUUAGCAUUUAUUAUUCAUGGAUUGAAGAAGUCAAAAUGGCUGAAGAUAAAGAGACAAAGCACGGAGGACACAAGAAUGGGAGGAAAGGAGGACUCUCGGGAACUUCAUUCUUCACGUGGUUUAUGGUGAUUGCAUUGCUGGGCGUCUGGACAUCUGUAGCUGUCGUUUGGUUUGAUCUUGUUGACUAUGAGGAAGUUCUAGCCAAAGCAAAGGACUUCCGUUAUAACUUAUCAGAGGUGCUUCAAGGAAAACUAGGAAUCUAUGAUGCUGAUGGUGAUGGAGAUUUUGAUGUGGAUGAUGCCAAAGUUUUAUUAGAAGGACCCAGUGGGGUAGCCAAGAGAAAAACUAAGGCUAAAGUUAAAGAACUCACUAAAGAAGAGCUCAAGAAGGAGAAAGAGAAACCUGAGUCAAGGAAGGAAAGUAAGAAUGAAGAGAGAAAAAAGGGGAAGAAAGAAAAAGAGGAUGACCGAAAGGAUAAGAAAAUUGCUGAUGCAGACCUAUCCAGGAAGGAGUCUCCUAAGGGUAAAAAGGACAGAGAAAAAGAGAAAGUGGACCUAGAAAAAAGUGCCAAAACCAAGGAAAAUAGGAAAAAAUCAACAAAUAUAAAGGAUGUUUCUAGUAAAAUGGCAUCCAGAGACAAAGAUGACAGAAAGGAAAGUAGAAGUUCUACCAGAUAUGCACACUUAACGAAGGGAAGUACCCAGAAAAGAAACUACUAAAGCUCUGGCAUCAUCAUCUCAGAACAUGGUCAUGUUCCAGAUUGCAAUUUGUUACAAAAUGGAAAAUUGCAAUUUGUUACAAAACGGAAAAUGUAAUAUUGCUCUGAUUGGUGAAAGUGUGUAAAUUAGCCAUUGAAUGUAUUACUGGUGCUCAGCAAGUAAAUUAUCUGAAAUUUAAAUAUACCGUCUCAUGCUUCUAAAUGUAAAAACCUUUUAAAAAUAUGUCAUAGAAUAUGAUGUAAUAACUUCUAUUUAUUGAUCAUGUAUUCCUACAAAUGUAUAUGUGUCAUGAAUUUUUAUAGAUUAAUGUAUUAAAUACUUUCAUUGACGUUAAAUAAGAAUAUUAAGAUAUUAAAUGUUAUUUCUAUGCAGAAAAAAAAAGCCUUGUAACUUCUUCAAGUUUGCUAAAUACUCAAGGAGAUAGGAUUUGCCCUUUGUUUUCUUCCCUCCUUCCCUUUCCUGCUUCCCUGUUUUUCGUGGGCACCUCCCCAGGCUCAUGUGUCACUGCCUUCCCUGAGUCCCCCCCCUCUAGCCCUCCUGCAGCCUUUCAGGGGCCGUUCUUCAGGCUUUUCAUGGGUUCUCCUUCCCCUUUUCCCUCUUCUCUCCCCUCUUCUAGUCUCCCUCCCCAAGUCUUUUACUCUCUCCUUUCCUUCACUCCUCACCUCACCCCUGCCCCUCACUCCUGCAUGCUUCUCACUCCUGACCUCCUUACAACAACCCCACCAUUUUCCCCUCAUCUAGCCCAUAGUGCUUACCGUGUGCCACAUACACUGCUCCGAGAACUCUGGCCAUAGCUACGAAUAAAGAGGAGAAUUGUAUUUAGAAGAACAAUUUCAGAACACUUUUAUUUAUGAUACCUUUAUAGUCUUGAAAUAACUGUAGAAAGGUUUUAAUUAUUUCAGAUUAGGAUGUACUUUCAUUUUAUACUACACUGUUUUUCUAUUAUUUUGGUUGAAUGGCAUACAUUUUUCAUAUUUGAUUGUGUCGUUAUUGUUUACCAUUUCUAAGGAAUUGCAAGUGUAAUCUCUAAAUAGAGAUCAGAAUUUAGCACCUCAGAAAACAUUUAAUAAAAGUGAAGUUUUAGUCAGAAAUAUAAUUCUACAAAUGGUUUGUACUAUUCGAUGCCUCAAAUAUUAAAUAUCUAAUUGUGACUACUGUGAAAUGCAGUUAGUUGAUAAUGAUAAAAUCUUUGUGGUAGCAUUUUUUAUUCUGUUGUUGUUAACCUUAUUAACAACAGAAUCAAAAAUGCUACCAGAAAUAUUUUAUUUUCAAAUAGGGUUAUUAAUAACAGAAUAAAAACUGCUACCACCAUAUUUUUUAAAACAUAUUUCUUUACUUUUUUUUGAAGAUCUUAAAAAUAGAGAUUUGUGGCCUAGUUAAAGAUAUUUCAACUCAGAAAUGAGUACAUUUAAGUGUAAAUAUUUCUAAAUGUAUUGUACACCUUUUUCUUAUGUUAACGCCUUUUACUAUUUAAAGUCAAAUACUUUAUGACAUUUAGUUGACAGAAAUUUCAACUUAAUAGAAUUAUGCAAGAGAUGAAAUCCUAGAGAAUAAUAUCUCUAAUAUAAUCCUGUUAUUUUAUUGCUUAAAAACUAACACAACUUGGAGUUUUAUGUUUUGAUUAGUCAGGAUUCAUCUUAGCUCACUUCCCAGGUCUUCACUGUGCUGGUUUCUGCCUGAAUUACUCUAUUUGGAGAUGCUACCACUUGGUAACCAAGGUGGCCCUCAGCAGGCUCUAGACUAGUCUUUCUAAUUUACCAACCCCAAUGCAGAUGGCUCUGGGAGAGAGAAUUCCAGUUGGCCUGCUUAGGCCUGGUGAACAUCUGGGACCAUUUUUGAAGUUGAAGAUGGCGAUACUUCCCAGGCGCACACCUGUGCACAAAGCUUUGGAGUGGGAGUUGAGUGGGUCCCACUCAAACUUCAUCAAACGUAGGGCUUCUGGGACAAGAAAGUGAGGCUUUGAGAACUGGACAGAACAAGAAGCAGAACAUGUCCCCCAGGCAUAUGAAAGUUAAACGAUUCUCAAACCAUAUCCCCGUGUUAGAUCUUUUCUCAUGAGAUAAAUUGAAUGCUUUUUUUAAAAACUUACCUACAAAAUGUUAAGUGCUGUCUUCUCUAAAGAUUUUUUGUUCUCCCUUGAAGAAGGGCAAACAAUUAUAAGUGAAUUUGUUGAGAGCAUUCUAGUAAUUUUUUACCUUACUUUUUAAGCUCAAUGUCUAUGGGGCAGAAAAUACAUAAAUACUAAAUUCUAAACAAAUGAGUGAAAAUAUUUUGGAAUAACCUAAUCAUCAUAAGCACAUAAGUGUUGUCUAUUGCUAUUUAGUGCAGUACUUUGAAAUGUUUUGGCUAUAUCAUUGAUUUUUUCCUUUGACUGUUAGCUCAAGAAUUGAAACCCCUCAGCUAAAACAUUUAAAGAUCCUUUAAAAGCACUUGUAGACUAGAACUUGAUUUAUUUUUCCCUUCUCUCUUCUUUUCCCCUUUCCUUCUCUUUUCUUUCUUUUUGUAAAUGUUUCAACUCACUUUUAUUGAAGUUGAAGUCACACUUUAUCCAGCUGCCUUAACACUUAAGCUUCAAGUAGAAACAAGCUUUCAGUCAUGAUUAGUGGGUUAAAGUCAUGCAUUGCACUCUCAGUUUUACACUUUUUAUUCAGUAGGUUGUUUCUGUAUUGUUUACUUCAUAUUGUUUUCUAAGUAUAAUUAAAACCAGAAAGGUUACCUUUUUAAAUAAGUCAGCUACAACAGGGACAAGGAAUUCACAAUACUAAGUAGUUGGGGAUCAGAAGCUGUUUUUGGGAAGACCUGGAAGGGGAUAAUUACUAAAAAUGUAAGUUUAUUUUGCCCUAUCCCUGACAACAUUUGAUUUAAAUUAUAUUAUGACAUGAUACUUACAAAUCUUUUAAAUGACAUUAUUGGCAUAGUUUUCGUAAACUUUGUAAGAAAAAGACAUUUCACAUUUUAGUAGCACAAUCAUUAUUAGGAUAGUCAAUUUUGUGAAAAUAAUUGAGUGCCAAUGAAUUUUUCCAAGGGUGAUCUUAUAUCUUCUAUAUAUUGUAAUAUUUAGAUACUUCCUUUUGAAGCACUUACAUCAUCAUUGAAUUUUUUGUCAUUUGUUGUGUCACCUAGUUUCUGUUUCAUUUUCUAAUGGCUUCAUAUGUAUAUAAAUUUUAGUUAUUCCUAACAUCAUUGGUGUCACCAUUUUGAAUUUUUUUAAAAAUCAAGAUUUUCAAUUUUACUUUAUAGGUAAUUUGCAUUGUAUAUAGAUGAUCCUCUCAAAAUUUCACAAUGAGACACUGAUGAAGAAAUUGAUAUAAAUCAGUCAGCAUGAACACUCUAAUUAAUCCAGAGGACUACUUGAGUUAAUUCUGUACGUAGUUGCUUUAUUGAGAAUAUUUUAUAUUAUGACCUGUUCAGCUAUUCAAGUUUGUAACAUCAGAGGUCCUCAUAAUAAUACUUGGAUAAUAAAGAUUCCCCAUAGACACUUGCAUUGAAAAACAAAAGGAGUAAACAAGUAUCAUUUUUAAUUUGAAAUGUUUUAAGUUAACUGUAAUGUUAUUGUCCAUGAAAUGGGUCUGGUGACUUAGGCUCUAUCUCUUCACAUUUAUUUCUUUCUCCUGUGUCCUCAAUUGUUCCUUCUUCUGUUAAUGCCCACUGGUAAUAAUUCUCAAAAUUGAUUGCUCAGAAUAUUCCAUUGUAAAAUGCAUCUUGGAAAUGGUUGUUUUCCUCAUUUGUAAACUGAAGACCAUGGCUGUUCCUCAAGGUAGUUCUCAGAAGCGGUCAAUGUUGCAUAUGUGUCAACAGCCAGCACAUUGUUGGGCAUUCUGUUUCCCUUUUUCAUUGGUAGAAUAAUAAUAGUAAUAGUCAACUAAGAUGUCUCAGUCAGGGUUUAAAAACUUGGAAGCACUGAAACUGUGAUUCCUGUUCCUACUUUUGUCAACAGAUUGCAAAACAAAUAUUUAAGUCCUUUAUCCUUUAUAAUGAAUGUGUCUUUGUGAAAUGAGUAUACUGGAGCCUGAUUUAUUCUACUGAGAUCAUUGAGGGAGCGAAUGCAAAUAAUUAUAAAUGUUACACAUGGGUGAAGCUAUAAGAAUGCUUAGUUUUUAAAAUAAUAUUGUGACGACAUGAAAACGCAAGAUAUAAAGGCUAGACAAAAAGUUAUGAAAUAAACUAUAGCCUUAAGUAUAUGGUACAAUCGAGAAGCCUAAUAACCAGCCUAAUUGUGAAAAACUUAUGUUUGUUUUGUAUUCAGAUCACAUUUUUCCAUAGACGUGAUUUUAUGGUCUUCAGAGAUUAUUUUUUACUCUGGUCCACAAAAAUUGAUUUAAUUCUAAUAUCCAGUUCUGCAAGUCUCAUUGUAACUAUGUUUCUAUGGAAAGUGCAUCUAUCAUUCUGCCUUGGGAUAUUAGGAAUAUAUUUAGUUUUACUUCUGAAUGUUCUCCAGAAUUUCUUGGGUUACAUCCAUGGUGUUAAAUUCAUUCAGAUACCUUACAUGGACAAAAAUCAUGGAUUGACUGACGUAAUUGUAAAGCCCAGGAGUAGUUUUGGCUUUUUUCUUUUGUUAUGCUGGAUCUAGGUGCUCAAACCAUGUUCUCAACCUCCACCUGUCUAUGGACCCUCAAGAGUGUUGACUUUCUUCUCAGGCAGUCUCGUGUGCUCAUCUUCAACCCUACUCCUUAUGGGGUAGGAGAUAAGAAAGCUGUGAUUGGUGACACCCUGGGAUAUGUGAGUGCCCACUUUUAAAGUGUUGGGUAAAGAAGAAUUGGAUUCCCCUAAGGAAGUUAGUGUGUUUUUGCCAGAAGGAGGAGGAAUUGGUGCACUGAAAGUAGGCAGAUGAUGGAGUUUGUUUCUCCUUUUUCUACCCAUCCCAUUCCUACUUCUCCCCCUGCCCAAAUACAGAGGUGAAUGGGAUGGGCCAAAAUAGGUAUUUCAGAAUAAGAAACUAUGGAGCUAAACGUUGGGUACUCAUGGGCAUAAAGAUGGAAACGAGACACUAGAACUUCUAGAGAGGGGGAGAGGGAGGGAGACAAGGGUUGAAAAACUAACAAUUGGGUGCUAUGCUCAUUACCUGAGUGAUGGAAUCAUUCACAUUCUAAAUUUCAAAAUCACACAAUAUACCCAUGUAACAAACUUGCAUGUGCUCCUUGAAUCUAAAUAGAAAUUGAAAUUAUAUUUAAAAAUAAAAAUAAAAAAACUAGGGAGAAGAGAGAGAUCUCAUUCCAAACAAUUAUUGGUCAACAAUAGUUUGAGACCAUUGAAAGAAUAUAAGAGAAUGUUGACCUGGUAAUAAAUAUUGCCAUUUAGAUGUCAGGUAAUGAAGUUUAUUUUGCUGUUAAGCUCUCUCCAUUUUGCCCCAUUCUGUUUAAAAGGAAAGUUUUUGUGUUUAGGAAACCAAAGGAUGGGUGAUAUGUAGCAGACCCAUCAGGUUAUUUUCAUGAAAACCUAGUUUGGGCUAAUCUGAAAGAUUUCCUCAAUAACAGUCUUUAGUCUCUUAUCCUUUCUUCUCCUUUUGCCUAAGAAUAUAAUUGUGUAAGCUAGAUGUUUAUUCCUUGGCUAUCAUUGUUACAUAGGAAUCAAUUUCUGCAAGAGCUCUGUAAGCCCUACAAAGCAGAAAGUCAUCCAUUUCUUCCUUCUUUGUUCUCAUGUAAUGUCUCAUUUGAUUUCACUUUAUGUAUCUAUUUUUUGCUCCAUGUUAAGUCAGGUAUGCAUACAUCAUAGAGGUCUGCCUCUUGUUUCCAUCUUCUUUGCCUUAUGUAUCACUUCUCUUGUAUCCUACUAGAGGAAGAUGAUCUAUGCUUAAAGCUCUUAUUGUUUCUGAUAAUUAUAUAACACCAACAUGCUGUAUCUAUAAUUCCCAUUUAUUGACUCAACUAAUAUUUUUUAGUAUCUACAGCAUGCCGGGGAAUGGGCAAGGCAUGGGGGAUACAAGAGAUUGAGGUGGCUACAAUCCCUGCAGUGAAAUGCUAUGAAAUCAGCAAGGGGCUGAGGGAGAAAGUAAUGAGACUGGAGCAAUUGUCAGUACAACCCACUAGUCCCUCCACCUAGAACGUGCUCCUGAACGUGCUCCUGCUCUGUGUGGUGGGCUGCCUUUGUCUCUCCCACAGGACCCAGCCCAGUCAUCACCUCUGCACUCAGAUGUCUCUGACCCUCCCAAGUGGCUGCACCCCGCAUACUCCAGUUAUCACCCUCAUCACCUUGCCUCAUUCCUGGACUUUGCUGCCAGACUACGAUUUAUCUCGAGCACCUUUCCUAAUAACUGACACUAAUAGGCAUUCAAUGUUUGUUUAUUGAAUGGUGAAUAUACCAAACAAAUUAUCUAAAAA